UUCGCUCCCAUUUUGCGCUAUUGUUGUGACUCCUAUACUUCACACGGAGCCGAGCUGCAGUGGCAGCAAAAUGCAGUGUUGCAGUGUAAUCUGAGAGUCGCUAAUUGAGACUUUAACUGCUCCGGGUUCCUGCAGGAAAAACCAUUAUAGAGCGGCCAGUGGACGGGGGAGAAAGUGCGACGACAUGGCAGUGACUGAACAUCUGCUGUUUUCUCGCCUCCCAACUUUAAAUACAGUUUAAUUAUUUUUAUUUUUUUUUUACAACGGAGUUGGAUUUGUUUCUAUUCGCCUGAAGAAAACUAGACGAUAUUGUUAUCCGUGUUUGUCAGAAGGAAAGAAGAAAUCACAUGUUCGGUUUAUGAACUUUACGGUGGUUUUUGAAAAUUUUCCUCUAAGCAUCUUCCAGUUCAUAAUGGAAGUCAGGACGCCAGUCGGCAUGGUGUUCUGCAAAUUCUAGGAGUGGGACAUACUGUAUUAUUUACAUGGGAGUUGCAUCUAUCUGCCGACUUGGAUGGGAUAUCGGAGAUUCUUUCAAUUUUGUAUUAAAAUAAGAACUCAACAUAACGAGGUUUGAAGUUGCUUGACCCUUAGCAGAACUUGCUCACAAACUCAGAUCUCCAUUUCAAGAUGAUCCUUGUCUUCAAGCUUUGUCUCCUCAUCAUUUUUGCUGAUGAAGUAGUGGCCAAGGAGGAUGCAGUGACAGAAUUUACAUUUUCACGGUCCCUCCUUCAGCCAGGAUACCCCAAAAAUGCCACUGUGUCAGUAGGAGGGGAGGUGAAACUCAUCUGCAAAGUCCAAAAGCGAUUAUCAGCUUAUGUGCAGUGGUUCAAGCAAGACGCUGGUCACCUGAAUGCUGAUGGUCAUUCUCACCUCAGGGCAUUGACUACACCUCUCGGAAGCCUCACCCAAGGUUCCGUUCUCCCUCUGACAAACAUCACUCUUGAAGAUGCAGGCGAAUAUGUGUGCAAAGCUGAGAAUUCUGAAGGCCGGUCCUUCCGGUCGGCUUGGAUCGAGGUCCUACCAGCACUUCCUUCAUACCAGCCAGUUCUGCAGGAGGGUCUGCCAGCUAAUACCACGGCUGUGUUGGGCAGUGACGUGCGGAUUUACUGCAAAGUCAGUGGAGCUUCGCAGAGUGACAUGCUGAUCCGCAUGCAGUGGCUAAAGCAUACUGGACAGAAUGGCAGCCAGUACAGGCUUGAUGGUUUCCCCUAUGGGCGAGUUAUAAAGAAUGGCACUAUCAAAAUAUCAGACAUGGAGAUUCUUUAUCUAUCCAACGUAACUGCCAAAGACAGCGGGGAAUACACAUGUCUAGCAGAAAACUCUUUUGGAUUCUCUUAUCAGUCAGCAUGGUUGACUGUCCUGACAGAGCAAUUAUCUGGAGCAGCCGGGCCUUCAGAACGGAAGUCAGAAGAUGCAUCAGAGACAGAGGAGGCUGUGGAGCACUUGCUGCUGGAGCCAGGCGAUAUCCUCAAGCUGCACUGUGAUGGAAACCGUACAGGGAACGUCUGCUGGCACAAGGACAGCAAUCGCAUGCGGCAGAGCGCCAACGUGCUCUUCAGUCCUGCCGCCAUAGAGAUCACAGACGUAACCUACGAAGACUCUGGAUUGUACGUGUGUCUGCUGUGUGGCACGGGAGAGAAGCUUCGCAGCUUCAGAAUCACUGUGGACUCACUAGGAUCAGGGGAUGAAGAAACUGAUGAUGACAUGGUUGAUGAAGAAGACAAUGGUCAGGAAGAUGCAGAUUCCGAAACAGACGAUGAAGAAGUCUACUUCACACGAGGACCUUACUGGACACAUGUCCAGCGCAUGGAGAAGAAGCUGUACGCAGUCCCUGCUGGAAACACAGUGAAAUUCCGAUGUCCCGCCAUGGGCAGUCCGCUUCCGACCAUUCGCUGGCUGAGGAAUGGGCGUGAUUUCAGAGGCGAGCACCGGAUUGGCGGCAUUAAGCUGCGGCACCAGCACUGGAGCCUGGUAAUGGAGAGCGUGGUGCCGUCGGACCGAGGGAACUACACCUGCCUAGUGGAGAACAUGUACGGCGCCAUUUCACACAGCUACAUCCUGGACGUUUUGGAGCGCUCUCCGCACCGUCCCAUCCUGCAGGCCGGCCUGCCAGCCAACACCACUGCGGCAGUGGGCAGCAACGUGCAGUUUUACUGCAAAGUUUACAGUGAUGCACAGCCUCAUAUUCAGUGGCUAAAGCACAUUGAGAGAAACGGCAGUCGAUAUGGCCCUGAUGGCAUCCCCUAUGUCCAGAUCUUGAAGAGUGGCAGCCUGAACAUGUCGGACGUUGAGGUUCUCUACCUGACUAACAUCACCAUGGAGGACGCUGGCGAGUACACCUGUUUGGCCGGGAACUCUAUCGGAUAUUCUUAUCAGUCUGCAUGGCUCACUGUUCUACCAGAAGACGAGCUAAUCGGACAGGUGGAUUCGGACGAGACCAAGUAUACCGACAUUAUCAUAUAUGCCUCAGGGUCGCUGGCUCUGGUGAUGACGAUUAUUAUCAUCAUACUGUGCCGCAUGCAGGCAAAUUCCAACAGGGAGCAUUUUGAAGCUCUCCCCGUACAAAAACUCUCCAAAUUUCCCUUAGGCAGACAGUACUCAGUGGACUCAGACUCGUCAGCGAAGUCCAGUGCCUCUCUUAUGCGUGUGGCUCGACUCUCCUCGAGCUGCUCUCCCGUACUGGCCGGAGUCAUGGAAUUUGAACUGCCUUUUGACCCAAACUGGGAGUUCAGCCGAGAGAGUUUAACCCUUGGGAAGCCACUGGGAGAAGGUUGCUUUGGACAGGUGGUAAAGGCAGAGGCGUAUGGAAUAAACAAGAACAGUCCAGGCCAGUCAACCGCUGUAGCAGUUAAGAUGCUCAAAGAUGACGCCACUGACAAAGAUCUUGCGGACCUGAUCUCCGAGAUGGAGUUGAUGAAGGGGAUGGACAAGCACAAGAACAUCAUUAACCUGCUGGGCGUAUGUACCAAGGAUGGCCCCCUUUAUGUCCUGGUGGAAUAUGCUUCCAAGGGUAACCUUCGGGAGUUCUUGCGGGCACGCAGACCGCCUGGCAUGGACUACACCUUUGAUAUGACCAAGGUGCCCGAGGAGCAGCUGACCUUCAAGGACCUACUCUCCUGUGCCUACCAGGUGGCACGGGGUAUGGAAUACCUGGCCUCCAAUAGGUGCAUCCACAGGGAUUUAGCAGCCAGAAAUGUUCUGGUGACUGAAGACAAUGUGAUGAAGAUUGCGGACUUUGGGCUGGCCAGAGGAGUGCACCAAAUUGACUAUUACAAGAAAACCACCAAUGGGCGUCUCCCAGUGAAAUGGAUGGCACCAGAGGCCCUCUUUGACAGAGUCUACACGCAUCAGAGUGACGUCUGGUCUUUUGGAGUCUUGAUGUGGGAGAUCUUCACCCUGGGAGGAUCCCCUUACCCAGGGAUUCCAGUGGAGGAGCUCUUUAAGCUGCUGAGGGAAGGCCAUCGUAUGGACAAGCCCUCCAACUGCACGCAUGAGCUGUACGUGAUGAUGAGGGAGUGCUGGCAUGCUGUCCCAAGCCAGAGACCCACCUUCAAGCAGCUGGUGGAAGAGCUGGACCGAGUGCUACUGUCCGUCUCCAACGAGUAUCUGGACCUAUCAACGCCAUUCGAGCAAUACUCCCCUUCUUGUGAGGACACUUCUAGCAUAUGCUCUUCGGACAACGAUUCGGUAUUUACCCACGAUGCCCAGUCCACCGACCCCUGCCUACCCCAGCAGACUCUUCACUGCCAGACAGGGACCUGAAGGAGCCAAAGUUUCAAAGACCCCUGAGUGCAGCCACAGAAGGACAGUCAUCCUUGGCACUGUCUUUGAAAACAUUAUGUCCAAACUUGGCUGGGACACCUGGCCGUUUUCUGCCUUGUAUUCAUUGGCAUCCCUCACAAUAUUUUGCUAAAUAUUCUGUUAGGGUGUAGGCUGCUGUAGACAAAAAUGUGGACAUGCCUAAAGAUUAGUCACAUGCCAACCAGUAUAAGUCAAUGGAGAAACACCAGUUUGAGUAAAUGGAGCUGGAUCUGUAUGUGGCCAUUAGAUAAAGACAAAGAGAGAGUUAAUUUUCAUACAUAAGCAUAAGAUUAUAGUAUUGUCAAAUGUAAAAUAUAUAUUUUACAUUUCAGUAUUAAAAAAACGGUCUUGGUACCCUGUCUUACAUUGUCUGUCUGGCAGCUGAGUACUUCACCUACUGCGACUAUAUUAAAUACUUAAAUACUGUGUGUACAUAUUUCAAGAAAAACAAAAGUUACCCUUUAUAAAUUAUUUUUGGAUUGAUGUAAUAUUAAAUUAUUUUUUAAGAGGAAAAUAAAUUAAAUUCUGACCCCAUUAUUUUAGAACUUUAUGGAAGCAUAUUCCUUUUCCUAAGAAAAUAACUUCCAAAUGCUGCUUGAAAUAUCAAAAUGCUUCUGAAAGUUUCCUGUUCUUAUUUCUUGUUGAGUAAAACGUUACAUUUAAGCUUCCAGUAGCUACUGUGGCUGCUGAAUGAUAAAGGGACAGAUUGGAACUGAAGAACUUGGAUACUUUGAUUAAGAAUCUGAAUCACCUUCUGCUCUCUGUAACCUUUUAACUGGCAACCUUUGCAUCGAGGGGACAGAUCGAGGCCGGGCUGAGCUGCUGCUCUAGCAGGCUGUGAUGGAUGCAACCGCCUGCACUUGUGUGCAAAUUAAGUGGCCUUAUUAUGGUAAUAGGUUUUGUUGCCGUGCCUACUCUCAGACUCAUCUUUAAAUAUACAGAUGCUAAUUCUGUCUGCUAGGGGAACUCUGACAUUCAGAAAUCGCCCCCAGGGAGAGAGCUUUCCUCCAGGGAAGAUAAGGGUAUAGAGUUCUAUCAAGUGAUUCAGUAAUGGUUGUCUGUCUGAGUCAUUAUCAUGUCUUUCGUCAGUGAUGAUAUAUUUUUAAGGCCAAGGCUGGUGCCUGAAAAGCUUUUCCAAAGCCACCUGGGGAAGGGGUCUGGACAGGGAGUGGGGGUGAGUUUUCAGGAGAGUGGUACCCCUCUUGGUGGGGCGUGAAAUGGCUUGUGUGUCUCAGUUUUUAUUUGGGGUCAGAUUUGAUUAUACAUGCUUUGUUCAAAAUACACCGCAAAUACUUAUCCCAAAGCGAAGACCGUCAGUCCAUUAAAUGUUUUGCCAAACUCAAAAUAAUCAGCCUCACUUUUGCAGAACCGAAGGCAUAAUUAAUGUAUCAAAUUUGUGAAUGAAACAAAUAAAUGUAACGUUCGACAUUCCAUGAUUGUAUUUUCAUAACUUGUGUAACAAUUUCAGUAUUCCACAAUGUUUGUUCUCAGAUUUUAAGGUAAUUAUUUUAGACAUGAAAUUAAGUUAUUUUUGU